GUUCACUAACUAGUAAGUAUAUGUGUACCUAGUUACAGUGUUCUUCACAUAGCUACGUGAUUAACAUUUUGUCCUCAGUUUUUCUUUCUUUUUUUAAACAAUGAAAUCGAAUUUUUAUUUAUUUUUUUGUUUUGUUAAGUGUUUUUUACACAAAUCUGAAUCAACAGUUUUGGAGCCUACACAGUGGUAUCAUGCGAUUAAACGAGAGACUACAGUGGAACAAGAGGAUUACAUGACAAUUUUAAUAAAAUACGAUUUUAUAGUGAUCGGUGCAGGAAGUGCUGGAUCAGUUGUCGCUAAUAGAUUAUCUGAAAUAUAUGAUUGGAAAAUAUUAUUGAUUGAAGCUGGUCAAGACGAAGAACCAUUUAUGGAUAUUCCAGCAGCAGCUGGAAAAUUACAGUCAAGGUCAAUAAAUUGGAAGUACACAACAGUUCCUAUGAAUAAUUCUUGCUUAAGUUUUGAAGACUGUCGGUGUAAAAUUCCAAGAGGAAAAGUGAUGGGUGGUAGUAGUGUAUUGAAUUAUAUGAUAUAUACACGUGGUAAUAGAAUAGAUUAUGACCAUUGGGCAGAAAUGGGCAACAUAGGGUGGAGCUAUGACGAAGUUCUAAAAUAUUUCAUUAGAUCGGAAAAUGCAAGCGUGUCUGGUGCUGACCUAGAUUAUCAUGGACAGGACGGGUUGUUGUCGGUGACUGACGUACCAUACAAGACGCCUAUAGCAAAAGCUUUUGUAGACGCUGGAUCACAGAUAGGAUUGCCUGUCAUCGAUGUAAAUGGUGAAAAACAAGUCGGGAUUAAUUAUUUGCAAGUUACCAUGAAAGAUGGUCGUCGUUGUAGUACAAAUACAGCCUUUUUGCUUCCAACAAAAAAAAGAUUGAACUUGCACGUGAAAAAAUUUAGCACUGUAACACGAAUAAUUAUAGAAAAAGGCACAAAAACGGCAAAAGGAGUAGAAUUUGUAUCAAAUGGUAAAAAAUAUAGAGUGUUUGUACGCAAAGAAGUAAUUGUUUCUGGUGGGGCUAUAAACUCGCCACAGUUACUCAUGUUGUCGGGGAUCGGACCGAAAGAACAUUUGAAAAGUAUAAAUAUUCCGUUGAUAAAAGACUUGCCAGUUGGUGAAAAUUUAAUGGAUCACGUGGCACUGGGAAGUUUAAGUGUCUUGAUAAAUGAUACUAUUUCAUUAAAAACACAAAGAUUAUUGAGAGAUCCGCUUAAUUUAUACAAUUUUAUCAUAAAUCAUAACGGCCCAUUAACAAUACCAGGUGGUGCAGAAGCAUUGGCAUUUUUCGAUUUAGACCAACCAGGAAUUAAAAAUGGACACCCAAAUUUGGAACUACUUUUAGUAUCAGGUCUAUAUUCGGGUGAUAACUUAACGCAUAAGUUGUUUGGCUUAAAAACGGACAUUUAUGAAAAAGUAUAUAAGCCUACUCAAAAAAUGGACGGUUUUACGGUAUUCCCAAUGAUUAUGCGACCAAAGAGUAAAGGUCAUCUAUGGUUGGAAAACGCUAAUCCGUUCCACUAUCCACUGAUCGAUCCCAAUUACUUUGCGGACGAGAGGGACUUGGACGUGGCCGUAGCCGGAGUGCGGAUUUUCCAACAGAUGUUGAAGACCCACGCGAUGAAGAAGCUCGACGCCAAAUUAUUCGACACCCCGUUGCCCGGUUGCGUCCAACACAAAUUCGAUUCGGACGCGUACUGGAAAUGCUCGGCGAGACAAAUAAGUUUUACAAUCUAUCACUUGUCGGGCACAUGCAAAAUGGGACCGGUGGGUGACCCCACGGCCGUGGUAGAUCCGAGAUUGCGCGUGCACGGUAUAAGCGGUCUAAGAGUCAUCGACGCGUCGAUAAUGCCGGAAGUACCAGCAGCGCAUAUAAAUGCUCCGACGAUUAUGAUCGGCGAAAAGGGCGCUGAUAUGAUUAAAGAAGACUGGGGUAUCAUAGUAUAGACUAUAGAGUAUAAAUUAUUAAUUUUAGAAGAAAUGUAUAGUUCUUUGAUUUUUGUUUGUUACUCAAAUUACACAAAAUUACUGAAUCGUGUUGACAAAAAAAUAUAAUGAUUACGAAAACCUUGACUAUUUCUGGAAAAACUUG